GACCAUUCGAGUUCAGUCAGUGGUUGUUAGUUCACGCACGAAGACCUCUGUGGAGCAUUCAGUUGCACAACGGAAUUUAUUUAAAGUUCAGAGCAAGUCUCUCCAUUUACGCGAAAGGUGCUAAAGUGGACAAAAGUGCAAGAGUUCAGUGAGAUUCUGUGAUAGUUCUUUUUUCUUGGAAUACAAUUCAUCGUAAUUGCCAGCUACAGCUAUGAUGAUGUCUACGUCGCAAUUGGCGCUGAGACCUUCGCAAAACAGCCCAAUUCCCAUUUCUAGGCCACGAGCUGUCUAUUCAAUAGAUCAAAUUCUUGGAACACAUCCCCACAGAAAAAAUAAUGAUCAGGAAAAUCUCAUGAAAGGCGACCCGUCAAAGCUUGAGAGAGACUCCCUUAGCAAUGGGCAGGACAAUGAGGAUGAUAUGCCUAUCAUUGGUGACAUGGAUGGACCGGAUAUGGAUUCAAAUGACCUCAGUGGACGACCUAGGAAAAUUAGAAGAUCCCGCACAACAUUCACAACCUUUCAGCUGCAUCAGUUGGAGAGAGCAUUUGAGAAAACACAAUACCCCGAUGUCUUUACACGCGAAGAGCUCGCAAGGCAUCUGGAUUUGAGUGAAGCUCGUGUCCAGGUUUGGUUUCAAAACCGUCGUGCCAAAUGGAGAAAGAGAGAGAAAGCCAUGGGACGUGAUUCAUCGGGCUUCUUGCACCACGAACAAGGACUUCCAGAAUUUCCACUUCCGAUCCCACUGGCGCACAACUUGGGCCACCCAACAAUUCCAUCGGAGUUUUGGCCGACAAAUUUUGCCCUACACCCAUCGCUUAUUUCCCCAAAUCACACACUCAUCCAUCAGAAUAUCCUGCCCAACUACAAGCUUCCCAAUUUCCAUGCUAUCCUGUCGCAAUAUAUGGGCCUCAAUCUCUUCAGCGGCUACCCGCAGAAUCUCUCCGUUAACACCAAUGGGCGCCAAAGUCCAACAACAAGCCCCAAAGAUAGCCCAAAGGAAGCUGAAAAGUAGACACAGCAUGAGGAUUUGGCUACAUACAGAAAGGAUAUUUUGACUUUCGCCAAAAGAGGUUCUGCAUGUUUGUGGGGGUGUGUAAAAGAAAGGAUGUAAAUAGGUGCCAUACGGUGGAGAAAACCAAAGCAGAAAAAAGACGCUGAAGAGUGAGGAAAAAGUCCAUGAAUAUAUUGUGAAGAUGGGCCAUUACAUUACAUUUUUUCGUUGAAGAAUCUUUGCAAUGUAGGUAUUAAUAAAGAUUAAGGAAUUCGUAAAACAAA